AUGGGCCCAACUCACUUCAAGAUCCCCAUUAACUUUCCAAAUCCGCCUCCGGCAAACAGUUCGGACACUGACGAUGACGUCGUUGUCCUUGAGGUCGUUGAGCACGUUGCUCCCCUGGCGGCCGAGGUUGGCCAGGAGUUCUUGGAUAACUUGGCCUCGAGGGGGCGGAAGAACAAGGCUCCGGCCGAGGGCGCCGGUACGAGCGGGGCCUCCAGAGUGCGCAAGGCUCCUGCCUCUGACAGCGCCUCCGAUAAAGCUCCUCCCGCCAAGCGCCCCAAGAAGGUCGGGAGCUCCCUGGUACUUACCAGAAGCGCACCAGGGAUGAGGCCGAAGGCCUCCGAAGACGCUGCCAAGACCUCUCCUCCUCGUCCAACAAGUCUGGUACCUUCAGGUGCCGGCAAAUCUCCCUCCUCCCUUCGGGGAGGAAACACAAGUUCAGGGCGUGCGACCCCUAAGUCGCCAGAUCACCGCGCGGAGCAGGAAUUCAUCUCCCCUCCAGAACCCCAAGACACCGGCGCCAACAACAUGGGCGCCGGUACAGAAGAAACCGGGCUGUCGGAACCUCUGGUUCCGCCCGUCCAGAAGAAGAAGAAAGCUUCAACCAGCUCUCCCCCCAAGGCCAGGCCGGCGGCCCCUUCACCGGCCAAAACUGCACCUGCACCUCCGCCGGCAGCCUCUGCCGGUACGCCAACUUCUGCCCUCCAGCAGGCUCCACCGAAGGCGCCAGCGGCACGGCUGACUCCCGGAAGCAGCUAUUUGAGGGGCUCCUGUGGGAACACCGGGACCUUUCCGGAGGCCUUCGCCAGUCUUGAGAAGGCCCACAGGAAGUGCCAAGCUGCCCUUUCGGAAGCCUCGCUUGGGGACCUCAGCAGCCAAGUCUCCGCUCUCAAAGCUGAGAAGGAGAAGCUUGCUCUUGAGCACCACGCUGUACUGGAGGCUCAGCGCACCCUCGCCGCUGAACUGAAGGAGAAGCUGAUGCAGGCCGAGCUGAGGCACACGUGGGUGCUUAAGGAGGCUCAAGCUACCGGCGUGGCCAAGCUGGAGGAGGCCCUGAGGGAUCUGGACGAGGGGGCCAAGCUGCUGAAGUAG